AUGAUCUCUUCCUUCCCCUCACCGAACCUCCAAAUGCCCUCCCAGCCCUGGUGCUCCCCAGUCCACUCUACCCACCUUCAGGCCCUCCCAGCCCUGGUGCUUCCCAGUCCACUCUACCCACCUUCAGGCCCUCCCAGCCCUGGUGCUUCCCAGUCCACUCUACCCACCUUCAGGCCCUCCCAGCCCUGGUGCUUCCCAGUCCACUCUACCCACCUUCAGGCCCUCCCAGCCCUGGUGCUCCCCAGUCCACUCUACCCACCUUCAGGCCCUCCCAGCCCUGGUGCUUCCCAGUCCACUCUACCCACCUUCAGGCCCUCCCAGCCCUGGUGCUCCCCAGUCCACUCUACCCACCUUCAGGCCCUCCCAGCCCUGGUGCUUCCCAGUCCACUCUACCCUACUUCAGGCCCUCCCAGCCCUGGUGCUUCCCAGUCCACUCUACCCACCUUCAGGCCCUCCCAGCCCUGGUGCUUCCCAGUCCACUCUACCCACCUUCAGGCCCUCCCAGCCCUGGUGCUUCCCAGUCCACUCUACCCUACUUCAGGCCCUCCCAGCCCUGGUGCUUCCCAGUCCACUCUACCCACCUUCAGGCCCUCCCAGCCCUGGUGCUUCCCAGUCCACUCUACCCUACUUCAGGCCCUCCCAGCCCUGGUGCUUCCCAGUCCACUCUACCCACCUUCAGGCCCUCCCAGCCCUGGUGCUUCCCAGUCCACUCUACCCUACUUCAGGCCCUCCCAGCCCUGGUGCUUCCCAGUCCACUCUACCCUACUUCAGGCCCUCCCAGCCCUGGUGCUUCCCAGUCCACUCUACCCUACUUCAGGCCCUCCCAGCCCUGGUGCUUCCCAGUCCACUCUACCCACCUUCAGGCCCUCCCAGCCCUGGUGCUUCCCAGUCCACUCUACCCACCUUCAGGCCCUCCCAGCCCUGGUGCUUCCCAGUCCACUCCACCCUACUUCAGGCCCUCCCAGCCCUGGUGCUCCCCAGUCCACUCUACCCUACUUCAUGCCCUCCCACCCCUGGUGCUCCCCAGUCCACUCUACCCUACUUCAGGCCCUCCCAGCCCUGGUGCUUCCCAGUCCACUCUACCCUACUUCAGGCCCUCCCAGCCCUGGUGCUUCCCAGUCCACUCUACCCACAUUCAGGCCCUCCCAGCCCUGGUGCUUCCCAGUCCACUCUACCCUACUUCAGGCCCUCCCAGCCCUGGUGCUUCCCAGUCCACUCUACCUUACUCCAGGCCCUCCCAGCCCUGGUGCUCCCCAGUCCACUCUACCCACCUUCAGGCCCUCCCAGCCCUGGUGCUCCCCAGUCCACUCUACCCUGCUUCAGGCCCUCCCAGCCAUGGUGCUUCCCAGUCCAUUCUACCCUGCUUCAGGCCCUCCCAGCCCUGGUGCUUCCCAGUCCACUCUACCCUACUUCAGGCCCUCCCAGCCCUGGUGCUCCCCAGUCCACUCUACCCUACUUCAGGCCCUCCCAGCCCUGGUGCUCCCCAGUCCACUCUACCUUACUUCAGGCCCUCCCAGCCUUGGUGCUUCCCAGUCCACUCUACCCUACUUCAGGCCCUCCCAGCCCUGGUGCUCCCCAGUCCACUCUACCCUACUUCAGGCCCUCCCAGCCCUGGUGCUCCCCAGUCCACUCUACCCUACUUCAGGCCCUCCCAGCCCUGGUGCUCCCCAGUCCACUCUACCCUACUUCAGGCCCUCCCAGCCCUGGUGCUCCCCAGUCCACUCUACCUUACUUCAGGCCCUCCCAGCCUUGGUGCUUCCCAGUCCACUCUACCCUACUUCAGGCCCUCCCAGCCCUGGUGCUCCCCAGUCCACUCUACCUUACUUCAGGCCCUCCCAGCCUUGCCUGCGUGUGCUGUUGCUGUCUGAGGAGCCAGACGACAGGGCCAACAGGGCCUGGUGGAGCAUGGAGAGGAGAGGGGGAGACGGGUCUCUUGGCAGCCCAUCUAAGGGCCUCGUCAGCCGGGCUCAGACGCUGCCACAGCUGGCCUCUCCACCUCCACCAGGCCAACAAUCCUGGUCUUUCUUCCCCUGCUCGGGAACGUGA